CGGCGAGUGAGCGAGCGCGCCAGACGCGAUGGGCCGCGUGCUCGUCCUCUCCUCCCUACGCGCCGCCACCGGCAACGCCAUCACCGCCGCCCGCCUUGCCGAGAGCAUCCGCGCGGGCGGGCACGAGUGCCUCUGCCGCGACUCCAACGGCUUUGCUGACGCCGGCGAGCUGUCGGCGUUUGUCGCGGCGGAUGCUGUCUCGCUGGUGGUCGGGAUCCACGCGUAUCGCAGCGGCCGGCUGCUGGUCGGCUCGGCCGUCCCGUACGUCCUCGUCCUCGGCGGAACGGACAUGAAUGUGAUGAUGGCAGAUGAGCACCGCCGGCCGGUGAUGCUGGCAGCGGCCGGCGGCGCAGGCGCCGUCGUCGCCUUCUCGAGGGAGCUGCUCGCGCCGCUGACUGAGGCGCUACCCUCCGUCGCGCCGCGCUGCACUCUCGUGCCGCAAGCCAUACGCGCCUGUGUGCCUCCGCGGCCGCCGCUCGCGCGCAGCGACGACUCUGGCGCCGCCGCAUCGGCGGCGGAAGGCGGCGGGGUCGGAGGGGCGGCGGAGGCGUCGCUGGCGCUGGAGGAGGCGGCCGUCCUCGCGCGGCUCGACGUGCGCGCGGGCGAGCAGCUCCUCCUCCUCCCUGCAGGGCUGAGGCCCGUCAAGGACGUCCUCUACGCCGCCGCCGCCGUCGCCGCCUGGCGACUUCGUGGCGGCGCGGCAGUGCUGCGGAUCGUCGGCCACGGCGCUCCUUCUUCCGCGCGAGGCGUCUUCUUUUGCGCGGCAGUGCUGCGGAUCGUCGGUCCGCCCCUCGACUCCGCCUACGCCGCGACGGCGGAGGGGAUGUGCAACUCGAUCCUCGAGGCGUUCGCGGUGGGCACGCCGGUCCUCGCGCGCCGCAACGCCGGCAACGCGUCCUUGGUCACCCACGGCGAAUCGGGGCUCCUCUUCACCACCCCCGACGCCGCCGUCGCCCUCGCCCAGUCUCUGCUCGACGACCGUAUGCUCGCCGGCCGCCUCGCCCACUGCGCGCGGGGCGUGGUGGCGCGGGGACACUCCGAGGCGGCCGAGCGGGCGGCGUACGCUGAGGUGCUCCGGAGAGCCGAGUUGGGUGGCGCGCCGGCAGGCAGCUAGUGCCCCGCUUUGUUCGUGUCUGCGAGAGGGGGCGCGCACGAUUCUCAGGGUGUUUUUGUGUGUGCAGUGUACGUACUUUUAGCUCCAUAGUAUGCGAGUCUGUGUUGA